AUGGCACGGUACUUUGGUGAUUAUCAUGCCGACUAUUUUCCGCAACUCGAGCCCAAACGACAGCCAAAUAAGGUUUCAAAGCUUUGUAAAUACUUCGAACUUGCGCUCCGGGUAAUUAUGUGGCUUAUCGACACAACGACGAUCGUGCUAAAGAGAGCCGACGAAAAAGACAUAUUAUCAACUCCCUAUGCAAUUCUGUCGCAUACGUGGGGUGAAGAUGAAGUCACAUUCGAAGACAUGAUGGAAGGCCAAGAAAAAGGAAAGAAGGGUUACAUAAAGAUCGUGAAUACCUGCCGAUUGGCAAAAGAGCGAGGAAUAGCAUACGCAUGGGUCGACACUUGCUGCGUUGACAAGAGGAGCAGCGCAGAGUUGGCUGAAGCAAUUAACUCCAUGUUCAACUGGUAUAAGCUCUCAGAAGUUUGCUUUGCUCACCUCGAAGAUCUGGAUAUUCACCGUGACCCACAGGAUGACGAGCUUGAUGGCUUGUCGUCUUGUCGAUGGUUUACCCGAGGCUGGACACUGCAGGAACUGAUCGCUUCGCGAAACCUCGAAUUUUACGACAGCAAGUGGAAUUACCGGGGCACCAAAGCAAAGCUUCGAAGCAAAAUAUCAUAUAUCACCGGCAUUGACGUUGCAGUUCUGGAAAACAAUGCCAUCCUGGAGACAAUACCAGUUGCAAAGCGCAUGUCGUGGGCAGCAAACCGCGAGACCACGAGGAUAGAGGAUCUCGCAUACUGUCUCCUCGGAAUCUUCGGCGUUCACAUGCCAAUGCUCUACGGAGAAGGAACCAAGGCUUUCGGCAGACUUCAAGAGGAGAUCAUCAAAGAAACAACUGACCUCUCUAUCUUUGCAUGGAAAGUUGAUUCACCCGGGGGAUUUCGAGGUAUUCUCGCUCGAUAUCCCUCCGAAUUCGCACACUGUCGAAGUCUUCGUCGAGCACCGACAAUGAGAUACGGGCAUGAAUACAGCAUGACGAAUAAAGGUCUAAGACUGGAGACAUACCUCGGCGCAAGCGCGAAUAAGGAAUAUUUACUUGACCUUGCGUGCAUGGUACCAAACGACAGUGGAGAGGAGUCAAGGAUUGGAGUUUAUCUUACAAAGACGGCUGAUGGCUAUGUCCGCAGUCGGCCUUCUGAACUCUUCGAAACACAGGACUCACUACUCUGGGCAGGUCCACGCUACAAGAUCUUCAUUCGAAAACACGUCACAUUCUUUGGUUCUGUAAACUUGAGAAAGCUUCUUGAUAUGAAUCUCGCAUCACAGUUCAACAUCCGUCCUGGAAUCCAACUAGCUUCCUUCGCAGCGAAACCAGCAGAUCUAUGGGACACUCUACGUCAAGAAUUCGUCACAGGCAAGAGCGAAAAGUUCACUGGAUUUCUCGACUUUCAGCUUACUGAUACUGCCAAGAGUUUUAUUUCUCCUCGGAUUUAUGUUGUCUGCGGCUUAGCAGCGGAUUCAUCAUCUGGAAAUCUGAAACCCUGGAUGGGUAUCUACAACUCUUCGGACAAGAUAAGAUAUGGAAAGAUAAUAGACUUCGUCGAUGGGUACUACAAUUCAUACGGAGAGGAGUACUACCUUCAUCAACUACGGGACUGCGUGCUUGCUAGGGGAAAUGAUCUCCCGCAGGAAAUCAGCCUUCCUUCCAGUGAUGCCGCGCAUCGUCUUUAUAUCUCUUUGGGGGUUCUUCAAGGAUCUCCCGGUAGUUUGUAUACUAUCACGGUCAAUGUGUCAAACAUUGGAUGA